AUGCCUUCACGGUGACCUACUACUCCACCUACAAAGUCAUCAAGUACAACGCGGCACUGACCACCUUGAGGUCGGGAUGGCCAAAUCCGGCACUCAGGGGCCAGGCCCCUCCGGAUCUCGUGCUGUACGAAUGCGGCACGACGCAGCCGACCACGUCCUUCAACGAUGUGUCGGAGGACGCGUGGUUCUUCUCCGUCCCCAUUUCAAAACUGGCUUUUUAUGGGACAAACCCCGUGCAUUUCUUCGAGAUGCUCUCAGUGACGGAAGCCAUUAUUCUACACGACCUAACUUACACCGGGUCGCCUUGCAUGCAACUGCUUGAGGUAUGCACUCCGGGUCUGCACACUUCUUCUUCUAGCAGCGACUGGGUUCCACUAGCCAUGGAUGCAGACGCCGUCUUCACAGACGCAUGGGGCGGCGGAGCGAGCAACACAACCAAGGACGUGGUGUUCGCCAUGUCGGUUGACUCAGGCAUCCUGCCUCGUGCCGAGUGGAUUCGCUUCGUUGCCCUGUUCUUCAAUCUCGAGGUCAGUGCCGGAGAGAUCUUUCGAAAGGUUCUGGGGGACUACAGAGCGCUGCAAUCUGAAGCCUCUCGUCUCGCAGCAGCUCGAGCGACUGGCGUUCCUUCAGUGGCCUGGGUAACUCAUCAGGGCUGCUCUGAUGUCGUGUGUGAUGGGGUAACACCGGGCAGUUGGAGGCAAAAGGCAGACGGCAACUGGUGCCGUUGCGGGAUGUUCUACCUCUUCAGCAACUCCCUCUUCAAGCGGGACAUCACCCAAGAUGCUGGUGCACGGCUCCUCCCGAUGCCAGGGCAAGCGGCAGAUGGCUGCACUUUGACGACCAACUCGGAUGGCUCUGGGACCUAUGAAUGCAACCAGGAUGGACUGGAGCAUUACUUGCAGCACCUCGCGUCAGCUGAUGUCAUCAUUGACGAGACGUACGUGCUGAACCAUGCAGACUACACGCUGGAUGACUUUGUUUCGAGUUUCAGUCUUGGCAGCAGCAGCGUGACCCUGAAGGCGCGGGAAGCACAGGCAGUCUAUCGAGUCGACGGCUCUGUGAGCGAUCCCAAUCCCUGGACUGGCCAUGUUGGCAGUGGCUGGUUUGAGCAGAUGCCAGCACAGCCGCAGACGUUGCUCAGUGACUUGAUGCACGCGCUUUACGGCGAUGCUUUCGCGGGCCCAUGCGGGCUUACCUACAUGCGCAACCUUUAUUCCAGUCAGGCGCGUGACCCGCAAGAGCAUACAGACUGCCCGCUAUAUGAUGCCGGCGGCAGUCAUGACUGUGCAGGCAUCCACGCCUACGAGCAUCAAGUUCACCUGUGCGCGGUUCCCGCAAAUCCCCCGGCCAGUGACAAUCCGCUCGCUUUGGGCUUGGGGCUUGGAUUGGGCAUUCCUUUGGUGCUGCUUGUGGUCGGCAUAGCUGCAUACUUCUUUUGUUUUCGUAAACCCACCCCGACACCGGCCUCCCCUGUUGCUGGGGGUGCUACAGUCGUGGGUGUCCCUGUAAAUGACGCAGCCUCAAAGGCAUAA